GGAGCGUUGCGGUGCACUCCAUCAAGGUGGUCUUCUCUCUUGAAGUUAUGGCUGACAUUGGAUCCAGCCUUUCCCGAGUACCCUAACAACAACUCAAAACCUUUCUCCAAUGUGCCCAUUGCCACAUACAUACUUGUCGAAAGAUGAUGCGACCCUGGGACCCUUUCAUUCCCCUAGACCAUCUAAAUCCACUUCAUCAACAAACUUCCGGCCCUCCAAAACCAGGCUGAGUACAUACAGCAUCCUUGUGAUAUACGACAGGAAACACCCCAUCCCCCAAGUAUGGCUUCGACGAUGGAAGAGGAGAUUUACCUCACCAUGCAACAUGUCUUCUUCAUAAAGCACGCCGAGAUCCGUCGCCUAAACGCCAUUCAACGCAGAAUUCACGCUUGCUUGAGCCCAGCGAUCAACGCUCUGGACUUGAAGUAUUCCCGGCCAGUCGUCGCCAGUACGUGCCAGAAACUCCUUAAGGAGAGGAUCUUCGAAAGCAGAUGGGAAGCUGAGAAGCGGUUUCCUCGAUUCUUUCAACAGGUCUCGCCUUCACCACAAGUAGUAGCUACACCGGCGAAUGUGCCAGAGACGUCGGAGGCUACGAGGCAAGAGGGUGGUUCAGGACGAGAGGCUGAAGAAAGUAUGGCAGAUCCGGGGUCUUACACUAGUCAGGCUACAACGGAGAUGGGCGACACGGCAAGCACCACGACCAGCAGCGACACCGCCAUCGCCGAGUCAACGGCAACGACAACUGCGCAACAGCUACCUAUAGAGGCCGCAACUAUACCCGCGCUGCGCACCGCCUUCCUAUCAUACGAAGCCCAACACGCUCUCUUCACAAAGAUCCAAACCCUUCUAGAGAAGGCCUGCUUCGACUACGCGAAGCAGGCGCACCCCAAGAUCCUGGAAGCAGGACAAUGGGAGUCGCCCGAAUGUGUCGAGCUACAGAUGUGGAUGUGGAUCUUCAAGAACGAGGUGUUUGAUACAUUUCAAGCUGAAACCGCGCCGCUGCCGCAUACAGACUGGCACACCUUCUUCGAAUCGAUCAAGAAAAUUCGGCACAAGGCCGUUCAUCGCGAGGUUCUCUGCGUCGCGGAUGUGAAGGCGUACCUCGCUGACGCAGAGAGCCUCGCGAAGCUGCUGCGGCAGGGCGAGUGCCUGGCUAAGCUAGGCGCUUUGAGGGAAGAGAUGGAGAUGGUGCUGGCGAUUUCGGAGCGGAAGAAUGAAGGGCUGAGGGUCAAGUAUCAGGCCAAGUUUGGUGAGAUUGGGGCGCGGAGGAAGGAGCUGGAUGAGCUUGAGAGGCGGACGAGGGAGGAAAUGGCGCGGGAGCAUAGGAGGAUGCAGAGUGAUCUGGGGGUUGGGUUCAAGCUUGCUGUCGCGGAGAUGAAGGAGGCAGAGACCCCCAGGAAGGAAGGCGGAACGGGUGGGGAUAAAGAAGAAGAUGCGGGCUCCUGGGGGCUUGUCGAUGGUUUCUGGAGACUAUUUUCUGGUCGGUGA